GCUGAGCUACAGGGAACUAGCAAUAAAUUUUGUGGAGCUACUGUUGAUGAACAUAUAGUAUUUUGUAUAUGUAGACAAAAAGUUAUUCUAAAUAGCGACUAUGAUAAGAAAAGACUUAUCAAACAUUUUGAAAAUUCAAGAUAUAAAUUGAAUAAUGAAAAAAAGCAGCUUGGAUUACCUGGUCUGUUCUUAGUCUUACCUAACACUAAAAAAAGAAAAGAAAAUUCUUGGUUAUCGCCGCCAUCCUCACUAUCUCUUCUAUCAUUUUUGGACAAACCUUGUUAUAGGUUAUAUUCUAAACAAAUUAGUUCUUACAUUAAUAGAACACCAUUUACAUACAGAGGUGAACAACAACGUGAUUGGAAAAGAGAUGUUUCCAAAUAA